GAAGCCACGCAGAUGGCUAAAGUCGCCCUCUUAGUCACUCCGAUCUUCCCGUUGACUUUUUUCUAUUUCACUCUUCUGUUCUUUAAUCGUGUGUCACCUUCCCCCCUGAUGAUGCAUUUCUUUAAUUGAAACCAACCUGUCAUAUCUACCCGGUCAGGUUCAUAUCAUAUAUUGCUUACGUCUCACUUCUAUAUCGAAUUCUGAGUGCGCAGUCGCAAACCACGAUUCAGAGAGCUCCGGUAAAAAGAGUUCCCAAGCAGCCCAGACCAAUAUGAUUAGCAGAGCCUUUAUAGUGUGGAGAUAGUAACGUUAACGACGAUGAGGAUGGUAUCGAACCGGGUCUUGCCCCUUGCCGCCCGCUAUGUAUUUGUGUUGCUAGCCGCCCUCUUGGUUUACUACGUCAUUCGGGAUCCUUUAUAUAUAGCUGUGGGCAAUAUAUCAUUUCCAUGGAAGGAAAGCCUCUAUCCAACCCAACCAGAGACAAACCAGGACGGCCUUGCAGCUAUCGGUGGUGAAGGCGCUGAUGGUAAAGUGCCAAUAGAAGAGCCUGCUGCUGGCACCGCUCAGGAUACCCGCGACAAGGAAUUGCAAGCACCGAUUGACGGCGAGAAUCAUGAUGUCGCGUACGUGAAGAAGUACAAACCAGAACCAGUUCCCCUAACACCAAUUGGGGACCAUUUUCCAUGGAUAACUUAUUCGGGAUCUCCGCCGCGAGUUCUCGAUAACAACUUACCUCCUAACCCCCACGUUGAUGAAGUGACGCCGCUUCUCAUCGGGUUCACGACCAAUUGGCCGUUACUACUACAAUGCGUAAGUAGCUACAUUGCGGCGGGUUGGCCGCCGGGGGACAUUCACGUGGUGGAAAACACAGGCACUUUCUCCGCAAACCGGAAGCAACAAUUAGAACUACAAAACCCCUUUUUCCUCAACCACACGGCGCUUGAGCUCCUAGGAGUCAAGGUGCUAGCGACACCAACGCUCCUCAGCUUCGCGCAGCUGCAGAACUUCUUCCUGCACACCGCCGUCGAGCGCGACUGGCCCUUCUUCUGGUGGAGCCACAUGGACGUGCUGGUGUUCAGCGACGAGGAGGUGAAGAAGAACGACCGCGACCACGACUGGGACCACGACCCCUACGCGACCAUCUACGAGCGCGCCGUCGGCCUGCUCCGCUACCUUAACAGGCCGGACAUGCCGCCAUGGGCCACCCACUUCUUCGACUACGACCACCUCGCCCUCGUCAACCGCAACGCCUACAUCGACGCCGGCGCCUGGGACACCCACAUCCCCUACGCCGCCGCCGACUGCGACAUGUACCUACGCCUGCACUGGGCCGGCUACUGGCAGCCGCAGAGUGAGGCCGGCCUAAUCUUCGACGUCGCGACCGCCCUCGACGAUAUUUCCGCGCUGUUCCGCGUGCCCGGCGCGCACGCGACGUUUAAGGGGGACCCGGUGUUCGCCGAGCUCGGCAAUAGCGCUGUGGCGGAACAACAGAAAAACAAGAAUAACAAAGAUCCCGCGGGCUCGGAACGCGCGCACAGGGACGCGGAGCUCAAGCGCGAGCAGGACAUGUGGCCGUGGGUCGACAAGGAAGGCGAGACGUUCGCGCACCUGAUCGAGGUCGCGGGGCGCAUGCAGGAGGUCAAGUGGGCGGGCCAGAAACGACAACAACAACAACAACAACAAAAGGGUGUGCAGCGCCAGGCGUGGCAGGGCCGCCAGAGAGGCGGGCACGACGAUCCGUUCUACCGCGACGCGGACGGGUUCAGAUCCGGCGUGGAGACGCUGACGGAUGCGGGGAGACGCAUCUUCGCGGACAAGUGGGGACACCGCGGGUGCGAUCUACUGACGCUGGGCGUUGAGGCGAAGGAUGCGUGGAGGCUGGAGCGCGAUUGGGAUGUUGCGGCUGAGGGGCUGGGUGCGGAGGGGGGCAGCUGGGGGAAGGAUUGGAUGACGGGGGCGAAUGAGUGAUGUGUAUAUUUGUGAAUGAAUUAUGAGCUUGGGAUGGUGUAGCUACUACCUAAGUAUCGUGUUUCAACCUUAGGGCGGCGUUUGGUAUU